AUGAUCAUUCUAACUCGGAUUCAAUGCAUUGGGGCAGCUCAUGCAGCUCGUUCUUUUCAUGACGCAGCCUCAAGUAUUUCAGGUGUAUCCAACUCCUACCCUCGAGGUGAAGCGUAUAGGGACUCGAAACGGAAUCAGGCUAUCAUCAGUCUCUUGAAUGUCCUAAACGAACUUAGUAACGAGUCUUCCCCAGACAACGAUGUCAACCUUCCUCCUGCCUUUGAGGAUGACAAUCCAACAGUAGAUGAGAAACUGCAAAUCACUGGAUCGGAAUCAUUCAACAAAUUUGAGAGGCGAAUAGAAAAUCUCGACAAAGAGCUGCGCAACUUUGCUAAUGCUGCUCGCCAGCUUGGCAGUUCCGUUGGAAUCUUAUCCUCUGGGUUUCGACUGCGAGAGCGCCUUGCGAAAUUGCUAGUUCUGUUCCGUGAGAACGCAGCUACUUUGUUUCCUCGGAAGAUUUCGCGUCAACCUCGAGAAGCGCCGAUUAUCCACGAGUGGACAGAGCAACGGCGCACAGAUAUUCAACCUUUGCAGAAGACCCACCCUGAUCCUGAAAGUUUUCCCGACCAAUUUGCUGGUUUCGCAGAAGACGUCGUAACGUUUCUGAACUGCCUGAACGAGUUCCCAGAGUUUACAGACGAGGCAGUCAAUACGUCAAUGCGUGCUUUCGAAUGUGAUCUGAAGUAUUGGGCUUCGUGUCUUCCGGAGUACAAAGGUCAAUUUCGGUAUCCAGCAGUGCAGCGCUAUAUCCAUGAUUUGACAUCGGAGAUUGGGGAGCACAUUGACAAUAUCACAAUCAAUCUGUCUAUGUUUAUUGAAAUCGGUGUUCCGACGAUUCGAUUCGCCCAGCAUCAUGCAGCAUCAAACUUGCUAAACUUAUCGACAGUCGCAACAUUCUUUUCAGUUGUGACGGCGACGACCUUACAGUACUCAUACCGGUUAACGGACGGCGUGCUGGCGACUUGUGUCAAUGGGUUCUGGUUCUCUUCGUUGGUUUUCAGUAUAGCAGCCGCUGUGAAUAGUCUCCUUGGUCUCACCUGGAAGCAAGCGAUGUAUCGCUCUCCAGGCCAUAGGGUACCUUGGUGGGUGUUGAUAUGGAUCAAACGAUCGCCUUUAGUGUUUCUCGUGAUGUCUGUGGCAUGCUUUUCCGUGGGCUUGAUGCUGUUCACAUACGCUACAGAACAGGCAGUUACCUCCUUCGGCCUGGCUGUUGUUUCGGCCUGGUUCGUCGCAGAACGUUGGGUAUUUGUUCGCUACCAUGGUCAGAUCUGGCUGGAUGAUGUAAUCAAUGAAGCAACCCACCGCAUGCUCCGCCUCUGUCUAGUCGUGGCAAUGCGGAAUAUCAUUCACUGGUGUAUCUUCGCCAUCAGCGGCCUGUUAAAACGAGUGUCUUUCAAGUUCCCCGACAUGAUCACCCGGAUUGGACGUAGGGACCAUACACUUCCCACCAUGCAGGAGGGUCCGCCAAUGGAUGAUCUUUCUCACCACCGUGACAUCUCUACAUCAGUGUGCUCGGAUUUUACUGAGCAUUCCACCUCGAUAAAAGGGCUUGCGAGUGAGGAUAGCAAGCCGUCUCACCCAGCCAUUGCUCGUCAGCGCUUCAAAGGAGCUGUGCGUUCUGUCAUCGUAAUGCAACAGCAGCGAGCGGGGCGACCCUUGAUGCCGCAACGGAUCCCAUCCUUCGACUGGAACUCUGCCAUGGGGAUGUCUCCCACCCGGCCCUCGUCCGUGGAUUUGGAUGCUAUUCGAGGACCGCGAGCCGCUUUAAUCCCCAAACUUAAAACCCUAGAACCUGUGCAGGACCUCUCCGUACACACCGCCCUUGUCCGGCAUUUACAAUUCUCCCCGAGUGGUAGGUAUCUGGCUACGUCAAGUUGGGAUCGAUCUUCCGUCAUCUUUCGCGUUGAGGAUGCUUUUUCAAUUCAUGCCAUUCUGGUACACGUGCGAGGCUUCGUCGGUCAGGUUGCAUGGUCCGAUUCUAGUACCCUUCUCUUGACGAGAUUACCCCGUGAAAUCAAGGUUUGGACGGAGGAUGGACACUGUAAAAAAACGAUUGAACGCCCCGCACUCUCACAAUUCUUUUCCGUCGAAGGUAGCAGAGUUCUGAAACUGGACAUCAAAGGAAGGGUUCUUGAUUCUUACCACUUCGGUGGCAUCCAAUUGCACAAUGUGGCUGUGACCCCAGAUGGUCAGCGGUUGCUAGGUGUAGGUCCACUGCUCGCGGCACCCAACGGGAUGCAUCCAAGCCGCACUACUAGGGUUGAGAAGUGUAUAGUAGUUUUCAAUAUAGAGACCAGAACAUUUGAAAAUCGAAUACCCGUCUUCAACGACGCGCGUGACAUCAAGGUGUCCAAAAGGGGUGGAAAUGUGUUGGUUUCAUUCGGGUACAAGACACCUCCGCAGUUAUGGAAGAUGGAGCUAGUUCGGGAUAAUAAAGACCGUGAAAACUCCCAUGCCCAGACCGCUAGGCUUAUUCUCCGUCACACGUAUGAGCCUACAGCUCGUGUGGAUUUCGUGGGCCCAAGCUACUUCGGCGGUAUGGAUGAUCAGCUAGUGUUAUGUGCGGGCAAAGCGGGCGAUAUCCAUAUCUGGGAACGCGAUACUGCAAUUUUGCUCCACUACAUUAGGCCUCAGGUGUUCGACGGGGAUUUGACAUGCGUCACAUGGAAUCAUUCCACCGACGAUUCUUUCAUGUUAGCGACAGGCAGUCAUGACGGUACAGUGCACAUAUGGAAGACACCGACAUGGGACGGCUCAUCCGAUGACGCUAGCUUGAUGUGUAAACAAAACAUACCGUACAUACCAAAACCGCCGGCUGUAAACAAAACAUACCGUAUUCAUUCGCCAUAG